GCUUGGGCUCCAGCAGCUAUCAACUGGUUAUCAAUUCCAUCGUCAAUCGAUCGAAACAUAUUGCGCAAAGCUGUUUCCUGAGGCCGCCCCAAACACUAGCAGACGUGCACAGAUAAUUGCUUGGGGUCACCUUGGUUGCUUUCACACACAAACUCCAACUCUCCCAGGCUUUUUAGCUCAUCAGCUUAAAGUGAGGUACCGUACCACUGCGGCACUGCCGUUACCGCUACUGCUACUGCCACCGCUACCAGCCACUGAUUUGCUCUGCUCUGCUCUACUUUUGCAUUGCCUUGCCUUACUUCACCGUCAUCAUCAUCGGUUUCGCGACUUUUGUUUUUUCCCCCCCAACGUCAACCACCUUUUUUUAUCUUCAUCCUCAUCUCAUCAUUGAAAAAGAUUAAAAGAUAGAAUCGCAUCUACUCAUUUCCAUUCUAUCAUCUUGAUCUCUUUUUAUUCUUUUUCUCUCCCUCGUCGUCCCCUUUCGUCCUUCCUCUUGGCGUCCUCUCGGAAUCUGUUCGGCCCGUUUGCUUUUGCUUUCGUCCCGCUCUCCGCUUCCAUUUGGUCGCCAUUUCUUGUCGUCUCUGAAUCAUCCACAUUCAGAAAAAACCCAACAAUAAUAACGCGGUAGCUCUUUUCGAGUCCGCAACCGCACCCGCUACCCUAGGCUUGUCGCUAUGGACAAUCUCGACAUGCCUCCGGCGCCUACGCCGCCUGUCAACAACAUGAGCAUGCCUUCCAAUAACUCGGAUCGCACCGCUAAUCUGCUGAACUUGCUCAAGUUCAGCGGUUCAGGUGGCUCGCAGUUGCAGAGUCAAGCUGCUCACAAUCGGGCCCAGGCUCAUAUCCAGCAGCAGACCCAGCAGCCUCAAGAGCAGCCGCAGGAACCUGGUUCUCCUCAGCAGAUGCACCAGCAGUUGUCGGACCAUCAGCUCCAUCAAUUCAACCAAUUCCAGCAGCAUGCUCAGCAAGGUCGAGGUAUCAUUCAGAGCCCUCUCCCUGCUCAGAUUCACCAGCCUGCUCCUUCUUCUGCUGACCCGACUGGUCUCCUGGCCGCCCUUAUGCGCGGCGCCCACGAGCCGGAAGAGCCCAAGCAGCCCCAGCAGCCGCACCCUCAGCAAGCCUUUGGCAACGGUUCUCCCCCGGCCGAUACGCGCUCGUAUCUGCUCAACCUGUUGAACCGCCCCAAGCCUAGCCAGGGCGACCAGCAGCAGUCGGCUCUGACUGAGACCACGCGUUCCAACAACCUUACGCCUCAGUCUCCCGACCUUGCUCCUGCCGAACCUGCUCGCUACUCUGGCAGUUAUCAGCAGCAGUACCCUAAGCAGCAUGGCAAUCAGUUCUCGAAUCAGCAGCACCGCCCGGUCGAUUCCUACGCAGGAUCGCACGCGCCCUCGAAUGCAUCCGACUCCUUCCACCAUGUCUCGCAGGAUCAGACUGACACCUCGGCUCUUUUCCAGCAACUGUUGGGAAACCUUGCUCAGUCGUCUCCUCAUAGUCAGAGCCAGAGCCACAUUGCUCAGUCGCCACCAGCUCUUCCUUUCCAGAUUCUUAAGAAGGACUCACCAGCUGCAUCCCAGCAUUCUCACCACUCCCAUCACUCCCACCGCCACGACCACUCGGUCGGCGCUGGCAGUGACCGAGCUGCUUUCCCUACCUCUCCUCACCAGAUCCGUCGCAAGGCAACCCGAACCGCGUCUCUGCAGUCUCACCUUUCGGUGAAGCAGGGUACCCCUCCGACCUCCGAAUUCGACAACUACAAUUCGACCGCCAAGGAGACCGUCGCAGAGGCCAUCGAGGACAUUGCCGAGCAGGCUGAUCAUGAAGCCCGGGAGGCGCUUGAGCGCGCGGAGCACGAACGGGCCCAGGCUGAAAUCGCCGAGGACCUUGACGAUAUGCUCAACGCCAAGUCUGAGAAGGAAUUCGAGGACAGUGCUCAUAUUGCCGCCCAGGCUAUCCAAGCUGAGCUUGACCGCAGCGAGAAUGAGGGACUUCUCGAGGACACCCUCCCACACGACGUCGCCGAGACUGUUCGCGAAAUUGUUGACGAGGCUGCUCAGGGUGUUGCUGAGAGCUGGGAGAGCGCUGACCAGGACGAGAUCGUCGUUAUUGAAGAGAAGGAGACCCCACCUGUCAAGGUGUUUAACUUCCCCAUGAAGCCGUGGAUCUCUAUUACUCUUCAGGAAGAGGGCACCGAGCCACGACCCUUGUUCCGCGAUGAGACUAUCAUGGAUAUUGCUCGACUCAAGAAGGAGUUUGAUCAGAUUGAUCGCAACCUUUACACCGCUACCGAGAACUACAUGGCCUACGGCAUGUCCAAGCAGGGUGGUCUGCGUGUUAUUCGACAGGAGGAUGGCAAGGAUGCCAAGAUUUUCACCGACACCAAGGACCGUAUCUUCAAUGUCGCCAUGUCUGUUACGCCUACUGACCACGACGGCGCUCACCGUGAGGCCAUCAUCGGUACUGGCAUUAGCGGCACCGUCUACUGGGUUCAGAUUCGUGAUGGCGACAAGGAUCACAUUGAAGAUGCUCAUAUGGAGCAGUAUGGCUUUGCCCUACCUCCCAUGAGCUCCCAGGAGGGUGAUGCCCCUGGUGGUGUUCUCAAGACCCGUGCCCGCACCUCGACAAUUCACCCCGAGUACUUUGCCGUCGGUCGCGGCAAGUCCAUCAACCUCAUUUGGCCUUCAUACAUCCUUCAGAACAACCUGUUCAAGCCUGGCCACGACCGCGUUGUCGACACCGAAACCCUUGCCAAGCAGUGCUCCCUGAAGAUCAACACUGGUAAGGCCGGCAAGGACUUCACCUUUAGUCAGGACGACUCUGUUAUCGUCUCUCUUGAUAAGUCUGGUCGGGUCAAGUUCUGGGAUGUUCGAGACCUGACCGCUGUCAAGGAGGGCUCCGACCCGCGUGCUCCCAUGCCCGCUGAAACCAACCUCGAGGUCAAGGAGCCCCUGAUGACACUUGCCACCACACCUGAAGGUGAGAAGGCUUGGCCCACUUCAGUUCUUCUUCUCGACAAGCAGCGGCCUUACCAGAAGCGAUGCGCCCUGCGAUAUAUGAUUGUUGGAAUGAAACAGAACCACACUCUGCAGCUUUGGGAUCUUGCUCUCGGCAAGCCCGUGCAGGAGUUCAACCUCCCCCACAGCAAGGAGUCGGAUGCUGUCUGUAGUGUCAUGUACCACUCAGCUACUGGCAUGAUUGUCAUUGGCCACCCCACGCGCAACUCGAUCUACUUUGCGCACUUGUCCGCACCCAAGUACAACCUCAAGAGUGUAUCUCAGGCCGAGUAUAUCCAGCGACUCAUUGCUCAGGACUCUUCCAUCCCCCAGCCGGAUAGUACCGCUGUCAUUAGUGGUGUUCGUGAGUACUCGUUUGCUAACCGGGGAAUUCUGCGAAGUCUUGACAUUCUUGGUACUCCUGCCAUGGUUCAAGAUGCCGACGAACCCACUCUCUUUGAGCUGUACGCCAUGCACUCAAAGGGUGUUGCUUGCCUCCUUGUCAAGCAGACUGAGCUCGGAUGGUCCAAGGACAACAAGGUCCUCGACGGUGUUGAUGCCGUUGCCCAGGGCGUCGUCACUGUUUCGAAGCUCAAGGCUCCUCAGCCCGCCGAGGCACCUACCCCAGCCAGCAAUGGAGACGCCGUUGUCCGUAUCGUUAACCGCGGCACGAACAAGGAGAACGUCCAGCCCACCCCAGGAGCCCAAGCCGAGUCUAGCCAGCGUGGACCUGAAUCGGCUACUCCAGCCAAGGCCAAGAGUGAGCCGAAGGAGGCUGAAACGCCUGUCCAAUCCGCCAAGGAGUCUCAGUCGGAGAAGCCUGAGCGAAAGUCACGAAAGAAGAAGAAUGCUGCCAACCAGGGUGAUACAGCCACUAACGGCGCUGCACCUCGCGCUGGCAAUAAGGAUGCCAAGACUGCGAACAACGCCUCCACACCUGCUGUCUCUAGUGAGGCUUUGGAUGCCGCCAUUUCUGGACUCGAGUCUCGUCUCACCGUGAGUGUUGGCGAGACUCUCAAGUCAUCGUUCAAGAACCUUCACGGCAAGAUUGACGAUGACAUCCGCGUCCGUGACGAGAACUUCAAUCAGCACCAGCUUAAACUCCUUGAUAUGGUUUCGGAGGUGCUGAACGAAAACACUCAGAAGGUCCUAGAGGCUCUGAUCCACCACCAGUUCACUGAGCUCGUCAUUCCUGCCAUUGGCGACAAGGCUGGCGCCGCAGUUACCGAUCUUCUCGACAACAAGCUGCAGCCUCAUCUUACCUCUACCGUGCAGAAGGAGAUCCAGAGCUCUCUUCCUCAUGCUCUCAACCGAUCCCUACGCUCUGGCGAUUUCAUCAAGGCUAUCUCCGACCGCGUUGGAAACUCGGUUGCUACGAGCGUGCAGCAGGAAGUUCUGGCGACAUUGACUCAGCGACUCACCCCGACUUUCACUAACAUUGCAACUCAGGCGUCGCAGCGUGUCGCAGGCGAGCUUCACCAGCAAUACCAUGACCAGUUUGAGUACAUGAAGGCCCAGCAUGCUUCCGAUACCGCCAAGAUUGACCAGCUCCUGUCUCACGUCACUCGUCUAUCGGAGAUGGUCACAACCAUGUCUGCCUCUCAGGCGGCGCUCCAGGCCGACUUCCUCAAGUUCAAACAGCAGCCUGUCCAUGAACUUCCCGGAAUCCCCCAGAACGUCGGCCACGGUCAGAACAUUCCCCAUCACGGCUAUGCCAGCUCCAACCAGCACCAUCCCCAGGCCAGCCACGCUGGUAGCUACCACCCAAGUCAAGCUCCUAGCCAGGCCGCCAGCCAGGCCCAGCAGUAUAUGGGUAGCCCCCAGUACCUCCGUGGCUCUCAACAAGUGAACAGCCCUCAAGCGUCGCAACAGGCUUCCGAUUAUGUCGCUCCUGCCUCCAGCGUCAGUGCUCUUGCUGGUGCCUACGCCAGCCAGCGUAACCAGACAGAGCCUGAGGCUGAUCACGACUUGAUGCAGCGCAUCAGAAUUGUUGAGCAGGCCAUCCAGGAGGGCCGUUACCAGGACGCCAUGAUCCAGUGGAUCCAGAGUGGACGUGAGGAAGAGAUCUUCCGCCGUUGCCUCAGUCGCUUCCCUCCUGCCAAGUUCGAGAAUCUUCCACCCCUAAUGUUGCUUGUUGUUAUUGCCACAAUCUCCAAGGAUCUGAAGCCCAACGCUCGUCUCAAGGAGGAAGUCGAAUGGAUUGAAAUGGCUCUCCGAGCCUUUGCUGAAAACCUUCCCGCUUUUGAAUGGGAACAACAGGGUGCUCGCGAUGUGAUCAAGAGUACGACUCAGACCAUGCAGCUCCUAAUUGGACGUAUCCAGCCUCUCAUCGGCGGCAUCCAAGAUGGCUUCCCCACGGAUCCUUUCCUGGCCAACCUCGAGAGACCCAAGCUUGAAUGGAUUAUUCGAACAUCCGAGCAUGUGCUCGACACGUUCGGUGCCCCUCGACGCUACGAGUAAUUGAGGGCUGUUUGUGUACAGCAUAGAAUUGUGGAGGAAGGUGGUAGCCGAUAACCAUUCGGCAAUCAACCUUUCGACUUGUCUAACGAAGUGGUCUGCGGAAACGUAGACCUUUGACGUAGGCUAGAAGUUGCAACAGCAACGGUGUACAUGACGCUGGGGAAGGGAGCAUUUCGGAAGCAUUCACGCUUUGUGAAUACGACAAAAAAGACAUAAGAUACAUGUGCAUUAUCAGGAGGUUACAGAUGUUUACGGCCUCGGGUCAUGGUAAUGUUUUUGCCGGCCUGGAUUUGGGAUCAUGUUGCGGGCGUGCGAAACCUUUUAACGUGCAUUGGAUGUAAUCGGCUACUUUUGGUGCUUUGACUCGUUUUUUUUUUCUUCUCUUUCUUCACUUUUACUUUAGUUCAUUUCAAAUCAUUUCACUUCUUAUUUGGGAUGGAAAUGCUAUGAUACCCUGGAGAAAGGGGGGAGGGACAGGAUGGUGCGAUGGCGGAGGAAUGACGAAAUGGGGGAGAGGAUAAGGAAACCGAUGUCUUGUUCUUCUUCCUCUUUGGUCUAGUUUUGAUAAUUUAAUGUUUGAGUUGAUACGGAUACUGUCAUGAUUCGUGUCUAAUUGAGUGAGAUUUGACUUGAUCGACUGUGUUUACUGGGUCUCAUGAUGUAUCGAGGCGGUUUCGGCGUGAGCCUAUCAAUGGCAAAGCAGAUGUAUAUGAUGGAGACACAUGUCAAUAUACAGUCUCUGUUUCUGACGCAGCCAUAUGGAGAAGUAUGAUCACUACAUCGACAUUAAUCGAUGAACGAGAACGAGAACGA